AUGAAUAAUGAAUCAAAACAAACAAAGAAGAAUAGACUUGAGGACCAACGGAGAGGAAGGCUGUAUUUGUUGGAAGAGGAGAGUAAUGGCAGAGCUAUUACUCAAAUAUAUUUCCGCCACACUGGAGCCUCGCUAUCUCCCGCCCGAUCUCUCGGACCGGCACUAAUCAAAGGCAUUUGGCACUACCAUUGGAUCUAUUGGGUCGCACCUCUCAUCUCAGGGAUGUUAAGCGGCUUUACCUACGAAUACAUCCGAAGCACAUCUUCUAAUGAGUGUCAGUCUCUGAAGCGAUCGUUUAGACGCCGAACCUCUCAGGGAGUGAAAAGAGAUCAGAGCUCUAAUCUCAGACUUAAGUCUUACACAAAUUCACAAGAAUUGAGGAGAAAAGGAAAGAGUCAUGAGAUUAUGUUAGAUCUUCUUAAGUCGGAUCUAAUGUUGAGAUAUUGUUAUUUGGAGAUAGAGCGCUUGUAUGAGAGGGAGAGACACAAUAUAGUAACUCAUUUGGAAAGUUGUGUUUUGAGGACUUUGAAGGCUGAGUCCAUUCUGGUGUCGGUUCUGACGAUUCACGCCAUCGAUCCCAAUGUCAGAAGGAGUCGGAGAUAA